CGAAUUUAGCUUAGUUCAUUAUUUUUUUUAAAAAAAAAGAAGUAUUUAAAUAUAUAUUAUUUUUUUUUUAAAUUUACGAAUUUAAAUAUUAAAGAAAUCUCAAAGUUUUUUCUGAAGCAAGUAUCACUAAAGGUCCCUGGAGAUAGAUUCUAUAGACUCAGCUUUUGAUGUUUAUAUCGUCUUAAUGGAAAAAAGGCAGUUGCUGUACUUACCAAAUCCCGGCCCAUUAAAAAAAAAAUUUUAUUAACGGACCCGAUUUUUUUUUAAAUGAUCAGCAUCCAAUAUUUUUAUAUCAAUAUCCAUUGAAAACAGUCAUGCCAUUACUCCAUUGAAUCUGAACCCCCUAUCGCCUAAGAUUCUAGUGACGUUAUUACAUCAUAUCUCCCUUCCCCAUUAGAGGCAGUGAAACAAACCCUCUUGAUAGAAAUGACCCUAGAAAAUACUGCUCAUAACUACCAAUCAGACUCAUACAAAUAUAAUAACGCCAAAUCUUCCAAUAAUACCUCGAUAUUUACACGAUUAAACGGCGAUAGCGACCACGAUAAUAAAAAACAUUAUAUGAAUAUUUCCAGAAACAAUAAUAAUAAAGAUACAGAGAACAAUUCUCUUUCUUCUUCGUUAGCAGAUCGUAACUCUACAUUUUCUAGUCGAUUAUCAGCAUCCCCUGCCAUGAAUAUAUUGUGCCUAACCACCAUAUCCGAGGUAAAUCCCCAUUUAUAUUUGAGUGGAGCCAGUGCGGUCAAUGAAUACAAGAUAAGAGCUAAGGGCAUAACGUUAGUCAUAAAUGUAACCAUCGAUUUUCCUAACCUGAAAAUACCGGGAGUUGAAUCCAUGGCGAUUAGGUUAGACGAUUCUCCUACGGCUCAAUUGUACCCUUAUUUCGAUACGAUCGCUGAUAAAAUUAGAGACGCUUCUAGGAACAAUAAUUAUAUGAAUUCCAAUUCGAGUUCAAUUAUCAAUACAGGGACGGGAGGCGGUAAAACUUUGGUUCAUUGCAUGGUGGGAGCCAGCAGGAGUGCUACUUUGGUCUUGGCCUACCUCAUGAAACACCGUAAAAUGUCGUUGGCUCAGGCUUAUUAUUAUCUCAAACGCAUACGUCCAAUAAUACGUCCAAACGUCGGGUUUAUCAAACAAUUGGUUGCCUAUGAAUACAGAUUAUUCGGACAUAAUUCUGUCAAAAUGAUUUUCGCGACACCUCCUAAUAGAGGUCUCGUUCCUGAUAUAUAUUGUGAUGAAUUUUAAACACCGAAUCAAAUCGUUUUACUCUGAUUAUCCAGCAGUGACUUAAUUAAACUAAAUUUGCCCUCAUAUUUGAUAUUUAACGAUAAUAUUAUUAUAUAAAAUAAAGAUUGGAUUUGAAUGCAAAAUAAAAUUAAAAAAAAUAAUUAUAAAUUAUAUUAUACUAUAUUUAUAUAUAAUAUUAUAGUUAAUUUAAUAA